GUUCAUUCACACAUUCAGCAAACUCUUCUCCGACCUUCCUCCGCCAGCCUCCGCAAUUCCUUCAAGCGCCGAUUCAGCUUGCUAGCUGUGGAGCUCAUCGGUGGAAAUAGUUGCUUUCUACUGCCUGAAAGUUGAAUGGAGGAAGAUCCUCAAAAGAUAGAGUCAAUGAUAAGCAGUUCUGAGAAAGUGGAUGCUGAUUUACAAGAUCUUGGGCUGAAAGUUAAUUAUCAUGAGAAAAAUCUGGCAUUUCUCAAUGCUGAGAUGAGCACUCUCUCUGAAUCAGUUAUUGACUUACAAGCUGAACCUGAACUUGCGGUAUAUGAUAUAUCUCAUGUAAAUGAAGAAACAAGCAACCAUGAAUGUCAGAUUCAAACUAUGAAGCAUACAAUCGAACACAUACUGGAGAAGGAGAAAACAGCAGCUGGCAUAAUAUGCCAGCUGAGAAUUCGUCAUGUAUCUCAAGCAUCAAAGUUACCAUUGACAAAGGAUGUUGUUGGUGUUGUUGUUACACUUGGAAGUGUAAAGGACGAGAAUCUUAGCAGGCUUUUAUCUGAAUACUUGGGUUCAGAAACCAUGUUGGGUGUUGUUUGCAAGACUUUUGAAGGCAUAAAGGCCCUUGAAAAGUAUGACAAAGAAGGCAUGAUUGACAAGAAUUUUGGCCUUCAUGGUCUUGGACCGUCAAUUGGCAGACUCCUUGAGGGAAGAUUUCUUGCCAUCAGUCUUGAAAAUUUAAGAGCAUAUCCUGGUGGAUUUUUAGCUGGUGAUCCACAAAAGAGACUUGAUUUUCCAAAGCCGAGAUUACCAGAUGGCAAAUGCCCACCAGGUUUUCUAGGUUUUGCAGUAAACAUGAUUGAUUUGGAUGAUGAUCACUUAAGUUGUCUCACAGUCAAUGGCCAUGGUCUAAGGGAAACCUUAUUUUAUAACCUGUUUUCCUACUCACAAGUAUAUAGAAGCAGGGCUGAGAUGGAGCUUGCAAUGCCUUGCAUAAGUGACGGUGCUAUUUCUUUAGAUGGGGGAAUGAUUAAAACCAAUGGUCUUUUUUAUCUUGGGGCGAGGAAGGACGACAUAUUAAGAUUUCCAACAAGUUUUGGAAAACCAACCAGACCAAAGGAGAUUCACGAGACACGGGAGAAAAUGAAGGUUUUGCAAUGGAAAAAAGAGAGGCUGGCUGAAGAUAUUCUAAGAGAAAAGGCUUUGUUAAAGAAGGCGAAAGACGCCUUCCAUGCCAAACGAAAAGACUAUGAGAAGUUCCUCAAUGAUGCACGUCAGUAUAUACUAAAGGUACUGCCAAAUUGAAUCUUUUAUGAUAGAGCAUGAUAACCCCCAAUUCAUAGCAAGCCAGAUUUAGUUUUACAGAUUAUAUCUGAUUACAUCAUUCCCAUAUGAUUGUUACUGUAGAGAACUAUUCAUGUUGAAUAUGCAAAUGACAUUAACUUAUUCUGGUGGUGAGAUGAACCAGUUAAAAGAAUUUGAUCAAGUUUUUGACAUUUAAAUUUCAA